GCGAAGCGACUAUCUCGGCCGAGCCGAUGGGCCCAGCAUAGUUACUCUUGACCGCGAGUUGACUCGGUGAACUUUGCUUCUAUUUAAUCCGCCGUUUAAUCGCGUUCAUCCGCAACCCCGAGCAGCCCAGAGCCGACAGAUCCGUCGCUUUCCGUCCAACCCGCGAGGAUUUCAUCGAUAAAUUCCUUCCGACAGAGGUUCAUCGAUCCCUGCCGCCAUCCAGGUGGUUCGUCCUAGCCCGGCCGAUGUUCAACCACUUCCUGUGACCGGCUGGCUGGCUGCACCGGGCUGCGAAGUGGACUUUCGAGACGUUCGAACGAACACAAGUUGCGUAAAUGAUCCCAUGGUCUGUCACAAUGCGGCCGACACUUCCACUCAAUUGUGUCCUCGCGAUGGGGCUUUUUACCUGCAUCGGCGCGAUCACCGUAUCGAUCGACCGUUCUGAUAAUAAACCCCCGCCGACGCGAUCGUCGAUGAUCGCGAACGGGUGGAGGCCUCUGACGAACGCUUACGAGGAGACGAUCGGGACGAACGUCUCGCCGUCGAGCAGCCUCGAACGGAACGCGCCGUUGCAUCCGGUGUUAGGCAAGUUCCAAGAGCACAUGGCUGCCUCGGAGAAGCUGAAGCCGCAACGAAAGACGAAGCCGAAUCACCACGACUACAGCCCGCCCAGCAUCCUCGGCAGCUUCACAGUUUUCGGCCACGCGGCAGCGAAAGCGCGCGGAGAGGCCCAAGCGCACAAUCAUCCCAUGAAGCACGCAGCCUCCGAAACUCGGGAGUACACGUUCCUGAUCCCUCCGCCGAAGGACGCCUACAGGUUCGACCUGGAUCCUCACAGGAAGCCGAUUCUAAGAGACAACUCAGCUUACCUGAGGCAGCCUCAGUUCGGCCCCCAGAAUGUCCACCAGCAGCCGGACCCCAUAAAAGCUGCUACUUACUUCAUCAAAGGCUACACUUCCACGACGAACUCUCCUUCCUCGACGCCUACGAAGAAUAGACCCUUCCCGGAAAUCUACAUGCCCCCUUUGCUGCAGCCUCCUAGGUACCAGCAGUCCAAGCCUUUCGAGUCUCUGAAGGUGAACAACAACGCCAAGCUAUACUUCCAGCCGCCUGGCACGGCGCCGGCGAACGAGUUCGGCAAGGAGAAGAGGAUGCCCGAGCACGAGCACCGAGGGAACUACGACAAAUACCCCGGACAGGUGCACAACGAGCAGCUCAUCAGUCCAGCGAGCACCGGGAACUUCUUCAGCCAAGUGAACCACCCCUCGCACUCCUACAAAACCUCCUACGAGAGGGACCCCGCGUUCCUAGUUCACGAGAGUCACGAGAUCAGCUAUAUCACGCCACCCAGCGUCUACAACACAUACAACUUCAGACCGUCCCUGCCCUACGAGACGCUUCUGCCUCCUGACGUCUAUGAAUCUUCUACUCCAGCGCCUACCACUCCCAGAGGCCAGGAUUCGAACAAGUACCAGCAGAACGGUGAUCACCAGGACUACAACAGACCCAGUCACUCGACCAAGCAAUCGGAGGAGCAGUCUUCUCACGAGGUGCUGCCCACGUCAGGUGUCGCUAACACGUACUACGUGUCAGAGCACCAGGACCUGACGCCGCCUCCUUCAGCUUGGCCAGCGCCAAAGAGCAAGUACACGUCGGAUAUCAAUGAAGUGCUACCUAGAGUGAACCCUGCUACCAAGUUCCAUCAGGAAGGGGGCGGGUCGAAUCAGGUCCCGCAGGUGCCGAAGGUGUUGUUCGUGAGUCCUCAAGCGGUGCAGCCUCAGUACCAGAGCUCCGUGCUGCCGAUCGACGUCAGGCCGCAGACCACGCAGCCGGAGUACGAAACGCCCGAGAGUAUUUCGUUGAAACACUUCAACGAGCAGCAGUACCUGAUCCAGCAGCAGCUGCUGCAGAGAGACAGGCAGAGGCUCGCGGAACAGGAGCGGCAGCAGCAGCUCGAGAUCGAGCAGCAGCAGCAGGAGGAGCUGAAAAAGAGGCAGGAAGAGCUGAGGCAGCUGCUGCAGCAGCAGAAGGAGGACGAGGAGGCGAGAUUGGCCGUCGAGUCCGCGAAGAAUCAAUCCGACCAGCUCGCCAAGGUUGUCGACGACCAGUUGAAUUUCAACGUGCAAUUGCCCGAGUACGAGAUCCCGAAGGUCACCACCGACGCGGUCGCUGCGAUCACCGAGUUUAGCGAGAUUGGAGGACUGCCAAGGGUUCAGCAAUCACAGGUGACGCAGCCCGACUACUCGUUUUCGGAGAGCCCGGUCGGCCAGAGUCACCGCUACCAGGAUCAAUUGAAGAGUCAGCACGAACAGACGAGUCCGCGCGAGCCGCAGACGGACUCCCGUCCGCAGCAGCGUCCGCACAAGUUGCGCGAUCAAUAUAGACGAAGGAAACCGACGACCACCGUGUCGUACGAGCCGACGCCGACGGAGGCGCCGGUCCAAGUCCCGGAAACCGCGGUGCCCGUCACGCUGCACGUCGAGGAGGUGCCGUUGCAGACGACCGCGCCGCCGGAAAUAGCGACCGUGCCAGUGGCGACCACUCAGAAGCCCAGGACCAGGAGACCCGGCUCGCCGCUGCGCCGGCGACGGCCGACGACCACAACCCCGGAGCCAAUUACGUCGGCCGACGAGUUUUUCAAGUACGACAGACAGGAGGAGGUCCAGCAGCAGCUGGACGCUUCCCGGCGGCGACGAGUGAAGCCGACGCAGUCGAGCCAGCGCGAGGAGGCCGUGACGGAGAAAAAAGCCAAUAUCAGAAAACGACCUGGCCACCGCAACCGGGUGAACCCCGGGGAACCUUUCGAGGCGGAGAUCGUCACAGAGAUCGUGCACACACCGCAAGUGAGCACUUACAAGUCGCAGACGGAAUCGGUGCCAGGCUACAACGAGUACAAUCAGUACGUGACGAGCGAGCCGGUUAAUCAGUUCACUUCCAGCCAGCCCAGCAAUCCGUUCUCCACCAGCCAACCGAAUCUGUUUAUCACCGGGCAGCCGGUUAAUCAGCUCGUGACGAGCCAGCCGAACGUUCAGCAGUACGAUUAUACUUCCCAGAGGUUCGGCUCCGGCGACGAGCAGCGAGAGUCUGUCACCGAGACGGUCCCCUCGGAGUACCUCACUGACGUCACUAGGACUAGAACCGAGGAUGCGCCUGGCAACGAGAACUACAAUGUCCAGGACGCCAACGUGGCUACUAAUAUUCCUCUGGAAGGUCUGUUCGUGAAAACGGAAGGCAGCUACUUCGACAAAUCAGUGUCCACCAGCUCCGUCGGCAGCUCCAGCAGCGUCCCUCCUACGGUUCCGACCACUACAACUACCCAGCCGACGACCCAGGCGCCAGUGGUGAGCACUUCGACGGCUAGGUCUCACAAGAUCAGACCGAUGAGGUACGGUAAUGCUACGAGGCCUCGGUUCAGCAUCAAAGACUACAAGAGCCGCCUGGAUUACAAGAGCAGGUUAGCUACCGUCUCCACGACCGAGGCUUCGGUGACUCCAACGAACACCAGGCAACGAGGGUCCAGUUACAAGACUCAAAGCCAGCAGCAGCCUGAAAGCAACAGGGAGACGACAGGCAGGUACAAGUACAUGUCCAGGGCGAGCUACAGGACCACCUCGCCGAGUCCAGUGAAGGCUCAGGAGCAGGAGAACGUAGCAGAGGACGCGCCGUCGUCGACGACGGAGAGGAGCAACAGGUUCGUCCCUAAAAGGCGACCGAUCAGCGGCAACGUCUACAGGAGCAGGGUGUCGGGCACCACCAGCAGCCCCAACAGGUUUGACACCGACAGCCAGGCGAAGCCAAGCACUGCUAGGCCUGAGAACGUCUUCUCGUCGUCGGUUAGGAGGCGACCGGUGAUGAAGAGCAGGCUCCCGACACACAGGGACAGCUCGACGGCCACUUACCCCAGCAGAAGGGAGGAGGCGACGGAAAUGGCUGCUGAGGAGACUAGCUUCUACUCGGCUGUCACCACUGUCGGCAGCACGCGGGUGGUAGCUAACGAGAUUCCGGUGGAGAAGGAGGAAGCAAGUUCCACCAGCGAACCAGCGCGCUUGAGCAGCGCAGAGAAAAAUGCGGAUGAAAGUGAGACUGGACCUAGUUUCCACGAGGAAUAUGAAAAGCUGGUGGAACCGGUUCUCAGCAGCACGGCCAAAACUGAGAGCCAGCUGAAGGAUACCGUUGUCAGUGAGACCACUACUGAGAAGAUCGAAGCUACCACCGAAGUUAAGGAAAAGUCUGAUGGCGAUGAGUCUGCUACAAAGUUUGAGGUUAAGAAUGAUGAGGAGGAGCUGUUCGCCAAAGCGUCGCAGAGUGUUGCUGAUUUGACCAGCUCCGCGUCCGCUUUGUAUGACAAGCCGGGGAUGUUUAAGGCUGUCUCGCCUGAGAGCAGAGUCGUCGCCUCGCACUUCAAGGUCCCAACCGACGAGCCCACUCUGCCUAUCGAGGCGUUCUUCCAGGAGCUGUCGAAGAAAAGUUAAGGAUGACAGUUGCGAGUGUUAGGUUGGAUUAGGUGGAGUCGAUGAGUGCUGGCAGUAAUCUAGGGAUCAUUUAUUUGAGUUUGAUCGAUUGUUUUUUUAGUUUCAAUGGAAGAGUGUGGUUCUUGGAUUUUGUGGUGUUUUUGUGAGGGGUAUUUUAAACGACUGUUUAAUUUAAUGUUUCAAGUUAUUUUGUAAUUCUUCGAAGUUUCUGAUUGACGUAGCGUUUGCUUCUCGUUGGUUACUGAUUACUGCGGAAUACGGUUUGAGAGUUUCUUCUAAAUGAUCCCAGGCUCGGCCGCUUCGCCGUGGAUAAAUGGGAACUCAUCGUUCCAUCGUCGAAUCCCUGAGUUUCAUUUACCGUUCCAGAGGAUGAAUACAAAGCCCCGUACUUAAGGGUUCUCUGUACUUUAAUUUCCAAGAGGGUAGCUAUGUAAUGCUUAAUAUUUAAUUUAUACACGUUGCAGAAGGUCUCGGGAGAGAAUGUUUGUACUACGGUUUCAUUAGUUUCGGAAUCACCGAAUCGUCCGUUUAAUAUAUUCGAUAUGUACAUACAUACGUUAAUUGGAAAGUGGAUCAACUAGAGAAGGAAACAUACCAAAAAUAUGGAAUCCUCGGAGAGCUGUUGUUUUAAAUAGGAAACAACGGUUUCUCGAAGGGAAAAGGCAACAGACAGAUAUUCUUAGGCGAAUCGUUUACGUUCUGUAAUGAUAUUUAUUCGUUUUUUUAUCUAAAUCGUCAAUAUUCGUCGCGAGUAUUCGAAUGAAACACAAGAGACUCGUUUAGAACAACAACGAAAGAAAAUUCAAAUUUAUUGUCGUUCUGUCUCUAGACAUAAUCGACACGAAUUAUGCCAUUAAUUUAUUUAAACCGCGCUGUUGUCUGAAGAAUUGAAAUUCCGUGUGAAGCGUCCAUUGUCACGGCGAAGGACGCUUCGAGAGAUACAUGUACUGUCGGUUGCUGAGAACUUGGCACUCGUGACGUCAUAGGGACGGAGACAGUCGCUCCGAGAAGUCCAAUCGCGAGUCUGGAAACGGCUUUCCUCACUCUUUGUCGCGUGAACCGAUCAGUGUGCGUAGGCCCCGCAGCGAAUCAUACGCCAGAAUCGAAAAUUCCUGCGAGGAAGACGUAAGCCUUCGAAUUUGACCACUCAAAUGAAAGUGUCAGGUUCCCUACAACGGACGGUACAUGCGUAUUUCGCGAAAUGUAAAUAUUUAGAACGUUUGUAUUAAUCGAUCCGAGUUAAUAGGUGCUCGAUGCCGAGUAUUAUUUAAUUCCGUAAUGGACGCAUUGACAUGUAAAGGAGGGUGCUCGAAUUAACCACGAUGGGACCAUUGUUCGCAACAAUCAAAUCCUUCGAUUAAUUCUUUGUACACCGUUGCGCCGCCAUGCUGAACGGCUUUAUGCGCCGAUAAGGGUUGUAAUUACCGCUGCCGGUUAAAAGUAGGAAAUCAAGCUUCACAGUUAACGAGGGCAGGGAAUAUUGUUUCGCGACAAUUAAACGAAAUUGAAUCGGCAGCCGUGCAAAACAUUCUGUCCAGCCUCGAUGUAUCGAUUCUCUUGCGACUUCGCGCGAUCGCCCGACUCAUUAUUCGCGUAAACGAGAAUUUAUUUAUCAACGUAUCAUGCACUGACGACCUAAUAAAUAAGCUAAUUACAAACGUCAACGAACAAAUGUAGGAGAGGGAACAUGGAAAUCUGCAUCGUGUUCAAAAGUUCGAUAAAAUCUUAUCAUAUUUUUACUAUGGAAAUUCUAUUCGAUCUAACAAACGUUUGAUCUUCAAUGAACGUUCUGUUGCUUGGACGAUUGACAUUACGAGCGACGAUUACCUGUUCUCCCAUUAAUAAAUUAAUCCUCCCAUUGAAUGGAUCAUUUGCAUCGCCGUCAUAUCUGGGAUAAUCGCGUGUCACGCGUAUCAAUGGCCCAUAAACAGUUAAACAACCAAGGUCGCAGACGAUUCAUCGCCACCAUGAUCCCAUCAGUUCGUCUAUCCAAUAUGUUAAUGCGCCCGUAACACUAAAAGCAAUCGAUAAACACCGGCGUGCCGGUGAUAUUUAUAUACGUAUAAACUGUAAAUAUAUAUACACGCAAUAAAUAAAUAGAAU